AUGGUGAAAUAAUCAUCUUUAUUCGUAUACUGGAGUUUAUCGAAUACUGCCAUACAAUUUUUUAUGAAUAUUGAAUCUUAAUCGUUAUGAAUAAAAACAUGGUUUUUCUGCCACAAAGAUGACACUUUAGUAAUGUAGCAAGCAUUGGAAUAUACACUUUUUCUUCAUAUGUCCUUUUAGGCCUGUCAAAUUGCCCGUAGGUUUGGGUGCUCAUCUGCCAACACUGUGAACACCAGGUAAGGAACAGUAUCUUUCUUAAAUUAAUCCAAAAAAAGAUAACGGAAAUUUGUGAUCAGGGGAAAACUUGAGCUCAGAUUAGCAUAUUUCAGCAUUUAAAUGGUUCUCCAGUUCUGAAAACAGUUAGUUAAAACAGAAUUGUCGACAUUUGACGAACAUUUUUUAUAUUGUAGAGCGAAUUAACUUUAUUUAGCUUGGUCUUUUUCAUCAAAAUACUUCUUAGGUUAAAUAUUAAUGUAUUUCAGUACCAAAAAGUCACCAAAUCUGUUAUAUGUGUAAUUGCACUCUUUUCCCCCCCCCCCUCCUUAUCUAGGUGUGGCAGUGUUGUUCUCGACUUCAUGAUGAGGUUCAAUCAAAGCGUAGUCGUCAGCAAUGUUUUGACUCUCCUGUCGGAUGCUGCAAUACAAAGACAAUUUGAAGGUUUUGAAGUCAAUCCAGACUCAAUUGAACUCGUUUUAAUACCCACAGACGGCUCGGAAAGCACACCCAAGGGUAAAUAUUACAGAGAAAUUGUUGAAUGUUUACACGUAUCCUUUCGAAAAUGAACUUUUUCUAAUUGCAAACCGUAUCUGAUUUAUUAAACAACUAAUUUCUGUGAGGGAUAUACUUCUGGGUUGUUGUUGCUUUUGUUCAAUUUAAACAAAAUGUUGUUUUUAGAUUUUUUUAUGGAUAGAGUAGCACCUUACUUUUCCCUAGUACCUAGCCAAUCAGAGUUGACCUUUUUUUCAGUCACAAGCCUAAGACAUAUAAUGAGAGCAGUAUAUCGACUAGGGUCAUUGUAAUAUUUUUGUGAAUGUUACCUCAUUUAGCUUAUAAAACGAAUCAUUUUAGGUCCUGAGGAAUGUAACUGCCCAUCUAACAACGUUUUGUUAGCCAUAAUUGGGGUUCUUGCCUUCACAAUCCUUCUUCUAAUUAUUUACAUAAUCUGGCUACAUAACAAAGGUAGGUAAAAAAUCAUAAUCUAUGUUACAGGCUUAGGCUGCGAUAUUCAUUAUGAUAUAAUUAAAAGCACAUCCACAUAAUUAGUCUAUUUUUCCUUUCAUUCCUUUUUUCAGCCGCUGUAGGGAAGCAGAGGUAAGAAUUUGCAGCCAAUUGGAUUGUGGCGAUGUAAUGUACCAGAUAUGGUAUCGUCUUAACAAAAAAUUCCACUUAAAGCUUAUGAAAUUCUCAGCUUUUUAUAAAUGUUCGUAUGCUUUCUCAAUUGUAGGACUUAUGAAGAUGAAAGAGGUGUUUACGACGUAAGUAACAGCUAAGACUUGCGGUCAUGUUGGUGUGGCCAGAAAUUAUGUAGUCUUACUUUACCUCUACUUUCUAUAAGAAAAUAAACGCUUGCAGCAAAUAAGAAAGAAAAAAGGUGUUCUUCUACGAAAAAAAAUUGCAUUAAUGGCAGAUACAGUGAAAUAGAGGAGGAAGUUUGACUUAAUAGGGUCUUUGUCUUGGGAUUAUGACCUUUACUCAGCUACUCCAUCGAUUUUCCAAGGGUAGUCCCUGCUUCAACUGCGUGGCUUUACUUCAUAGAUCGCUAACUGGUCUGCACCCGGUUGAUAUUUGCUCUCUAAAUAAUUUUUUUCGUCCAUUCUGGUCGUCUUAUUUUCUUGAUGCCUUAUUUUCCAAACGUAAGUCCAGGAGCUGAGUACAGCAAGAAUUUUUUCGCGCAUGUAUUUGUCAAAAAAUUGCACUACCAACCAACAAUCUUCGUGUUGCAGUUUGCAGCUUCGGUUAAGAUGCUAUGAACAUCACUCUAUUAGGCAUGAUAGUUUCAAAAGCAGAGAACAAGAUGCUUGUAAUAAUAAGGACAAGAGAUUGUAAACUAUUUCUAAUCUCUUGUUAUGGAAGAAUGUAAACGUUUGUCUGAUAAAAAUGGGUAAACUGAUUUUUAUAACCAUGUAGAACUUUUUAUUGGGAUUAAUAACAGAUUUGUAUAUGAAGACCUUAACGGCAUAUUGGUUUAAUAGAAUGAAACAGGAUUAGAAGAUAUCGUAUCAAGUCUGCCCGAUUCAAGAAAACUCACUCAGUCACCUGCGAAAUACAUGGAUCUCAUAGAAAUCAACAAAGAUGAUAGAAAAGCGCAAAGCACCGCUCCAGGUGCUGAUUACGUGCCUCUUCGUCCGUUAACAGGCUGCUGGGAAGUUCCAAGACAUCACGUGACCAUAGAAAAGAUAAUUGGUAAAGGUGCUUUUGGUCAGGUUGCCAAGGGAACAGCAGUAGGACUUCGAGGGAGCCCUGAAACGACCACAGUGGCUAUUAAGAUGCUUAAAUGUGAGCCCUUUUACUGUAAAUCGAAUGACAGUCUUGGCCCACGAUCAUUCAGGAAAUGUUACCGGUUACCGUAAUUUUUUUAGCUAUUUGCCAUUUCAUAACUUAUGUUGUUAUUUCGACAUUUCGCAUAUUACUCCCGUUAAAAAAAUUCUACUCCUUGUUUUAAACGCUCCAGCAAACGCUGCUGAAUCAGACAAGAGAGAUUUGGUGAAAGAACUUGACACAAUGAAGCAGCUGAAACCACAUCCUUACGUCAUUAAACUUCUGGGAUGUGUUACUGAAUCUGGUAGGCUCUGUUUACGUAUGCGGGUCUAAUUUUGCUGUACAAAUUUUGCUUAUGAUUUAUACUGUAACGCUUUCUCGUAAUUGAUAAUUUGCUUCAAUGGAAGAGUCACUGCUUCACAAUUGAGCACAACAGACAACCAUCGCGUGAAGUAAUUUUAUCUUUUUUUAUCAAAAAUAGACCCUCAUGGAUUUACUGAUAGACUAAGACUGAAUAUUUGCUACUGAACAGAUCAUUCCGUUGUAAAAGUAGAAACGAUUUUUGUAAGGGAAUAUGUGGUCUGUACCUUAUGAGACCGUUACACACUUUUUUAGCUUCGUAAAACUACAUCUUGUUUUAGUGCGAUUUCUUCAAAAGUAUUUACCAUGACUGGGCUAUUCAUUUAUUUCAAUUAUUGCUAAUUUUUUGGAGAGAUUGAUAUAUCAGUUAAAUUUUUAAAUUUUUUUUUCUUCAGAAGAGCUGUUGGUUUUGAUUGAAUAUGUGCCUUUUGGGGAUCUGCUGGGUUACCUGAGAAAGAGCCGUGGAUUAAAAGACACUUACUACAAAGACCCAGAUAUCAAACCACAAACUAAUCUGACGUCACAGCAGCUGAUGAAGUUUGCUUGGCAAAUUGCUGAUGGAAUGAGUUACUUGUCCUCAAAAUCUGUAUGUCGAUAAAAACACAAAAGACAAACAAUGAAUGAGUUGCCAGUAAUCGGAUCCUUGUGUUUGCGUACAGAUUUGUGGGAUCGCCACGGGGCAAACAUUGCUACUCACUAGAAGGAAAUGUAUGGCGAAAGGUUGUUGCGACGUCCAAAACACGAUUUUAGAGAGAUUAUCGCUUUUUCGCCGCUCUUUUAUCGGAAAUGGAUUUGGGUAGUGCUGAUACUAGGGAAGCGUACGUUUUUGUUUGAAAAACUACGAAAUAUGUAGUAAAAUCUACCGAUUAACUUGUACCCAUGGGCGUUGUUCAUGUGAAUUUGACUUCGCGUUAUGGUCUCAAAAUUUAGAAAAUUUGACAAUUCAUGGUCAAAGAAUAACUCAACAAAGCCUUUUUCGUGGCUUGUUAUUACAAAAGAGCGCUACAAAAGCUACGGCUUGAGGCAGCAGGAGGUUGAAAUGGCGUGCUUGAGCAUUAAAUAUUAUUAUGGUACAUUAAGGUGGUAAAACACCUACACUACUUCUUUGUUGUGAUCAAUGAGAAGGAAUCGGCUUGAUAAACGGCUCAAAAUUGAAUCUUCUCUUCUGUGACGACGAGUAAUACAAAUUUGUCCCCUAAGCAGCGACGCACAACCGAUGAUAUAUCCAGUUUCUGCCGGUAUUUCCAUGAUCCUGAUUUUCCUGACAAGAUCCUUCAAGGAGUUCGAGAGACCUUUUGAUUUUUCUCAAGCAAACUACCAUUUGACCUGGGGAUUUCUCCAUGUUUUUCAUCGCUUAUUUCAUCCUUUCAGAGAACAACGGCUCGUUAAAAAUAAUUUCCUUCUCCGUUGACAACGACUUCUCUCCUUUGAGGAGGUAUAUUUUCAAACGUCGUAAUUUGUCUAUUAAUACGUUAACAAGUAUGAAAGCAAGCUGUUCAUAUGUCAAUAUAACUGAAGAGACUGAAAUGGGUUAUUUCCUAGUGAUUUAUGGCUAAUUUUGUAAUAUUUCGAGACCAUUACAUGAUGACGAUUUCACAAUAGACCUUACGCAAGGAGAGAAGUUUUUCGGUAUUUUUUAUGACAUAUUUCGGGGUAAUUCCACCAAAACCCUACAAUUCCCUUUAACCAACAUUAUCUCUAUCCAUUUAUGAUAAAACUGCGGCGAAAAUGUCACAGUCUUUCGCUAAAAUCGCUUGUUUGAACGUUCAAACAACCUUUCGCCUUUCUAGCGAGUUACAACGUUUGCCCCGUGGCGAUCCCAGAAAUCUGUGCGCAAACGCAAGGAUCUGAUUACAGGCAACUCAUUAAUUCUAAAACCUUCUUGUAAGGUGUAUCGUCAUAUGAAGCUCUGUUUUGCAUAGAAUAUCAUGUCUUCACAAGAUCACGCCCGGGAGAUUCAGAUAUAUUCAAAGGCAGAAACGUGAAUGAAUAGGAUCUUUUAAGAUAUUCAGCCUAAACUGGUUGUACAUUAAACAUCCAUUUCAGUGAAUAGAAAGAAAAAGGAAUUAAAACUUCAAAUUCAAAAAUUCAUCUUUGGUUGCUAAACUGCUAUAUUACAGAAUCCUACUCAGUGUUCUCCUUUUCAGGCGGUUACCGGUAACAUUUACCGCCUGUAGUACCUCUUAUUACCGUUUAAAAUUGCUUGGAAUUCUUGGAAAUACAAAAGGCAAAAGGAUUGCUUUACCGGUUUGAAAAUUUAUUUUACCUGUUAUGCUUAAAAUAAGUGAGAACAAUGCCUAUUUCGAUUAAAAUCUUAAGAAAAGCGUUUUAUGAAUUAACUACGUAAAUUAGUUUGCUUAUAUGUGGAAUAUGGAACAGUAAUUAUAGUAACUUUAAUUUUUUGCCAUCCGGAAGAAAGAGAAAUACGCACACCAUAUUAUGUUGAUUGAUAUUUCCAUUUUCUUCCCUGAACCAUUUCAUUUCAGUUCUUUUUUUCCCACAACCGCUAAUUUUUGCUGUCGCAUCAAUUCUUUCUCAGAUCAUUCACCGAGACCUUGCAGCCCGUAAUGUGUUGGUUGGACAAAAUGAAACGUGUAAAGUGACAGACUUCGGAAUGGCCAGAGAUGUGCAGCAGGAAAAUAUUUAUGAACGAAAGACAAAGGUAAUCAAAAAAGAGGGGAGGUGGAGGCGGUACUACAUAUCGUUCAGUUUAGUGAUCUUUUGCAAUCUUUGUGGUGGUAAAGCUGAUAUAUUCCUGAUUUUGGCUAUGAAUUUCUUGGGACCCUAAUGAAACUAUUAGCCAUGCGUAUACGAGCAUAACUUUAACUAACACUGUAUUUGACCAGUCGUUUCCUAUAAUAUUUUAGCUGUUUCUCAAAGUGAUAUUUGAAAUUUUUAGGGCCGUCUUCCCGUGAAGUGGACAGCUUACGAGGCCUUGUUGUAUGGUAAAUAUACUACUAAAAGUGACGUGUAAGUAUACCUGAUUAUUGCCCGUAGCAAUUUAUCAACAAGUUUUAUCAAUUUUAAUCAGGAAAUGAAUUCUAUGCCUUGUAAAAGAAUACAUAUAUUUUAUUUGUUGUAUAUACUGUUUAUGUCUAUAGUCACUUAAUUGUUAUUUGUUUGAUUUCUCUUUCUGCAGAUGGAGUUAUGGUGUUUUGCUCUAUGAGAUUUUCACCAUAGGUAACAUCGAAUAGAAGUUUAUGAGGCUCUGUAGAUGUUUUUUGGCUAUAUACCAUGUUUAAUUAAACAACGUAUCGUAUUCAGUUCGACAAACGCAAUGAGCUUUCCCAUGCAACCUCAAACUCCAUCAAGUGACACAAGUGGUGUUUUAGUGAAGGUUUUUUUUCGUCACAUAUAUAUGUCGAUGGUCUUGUGGUUCUUCCAGGUGGUUCACCUUACCCACGAAUGGAUGGAAGAAAAAUUGCAAACUUACUUCAGGAUGGAUACAGGAUGCCUAAACCACAACACGUCGAUGAAAAAUUGUAAGUUUUCUUUAUUACCUCGUUCUCUCUCAUCGUACAGGGGAACGUUCUUUAAAUCUUUAACAGAUCAUUUGAACAAUACCAGGUAUCAGAUCAUGAUGAAAUGCUGGAGGAAUGACCCGGAUGCAAGACCAACUUUCACUGAACUGAAAAAUCAGCUUAAGGACAUGGAAACCCUACACAAGGUCAGAAUUUUGAUCAAAAUAAAAUAUCUUUCCACGUGGGACCGACUGGCUUAAACUCAGCUAAUAAGGGUUUUAAACAUAACAGCAUUUAGCUUAGAUAUGGUAGUAAUAUGUACUCAUCUCUGUAAUUUUUACGAAGUUUGGAUUGCAUCUUCUUGUUAUGUCACCGAAGCUAGCACUCCACGAAAAACAGCAAAGAAGCCAACUAGAAUGUCGCAAUGAAAAUUGACACUUUAUGGUUGUUUAAAAGAUCAUACGAUGAUUUCAAAGCUGCAUUGAGACGCGCAAAGAGUAGCAGACGACGACGCCAUAAAAUACUUUCUCCCUGAAUUUGCUUUGGUGUGAAAACCUGACCACUUGUGGGGAUAAACGUUUAAAACGUGAGAGGAACAAUUUUCCAAUGAUGCUUAUCAUGUUAUUUUUCUCUGCAGAAGCUGAUCAACAUGACAAUGUACGACAAGAAGUUGUAUGCAAACGUCGAAGAUUUAACAGUGUAGCUAAAUACACGUGCACGGUGUCUGACUAGCUAACACUUUACCACAACAAGUUUCAGGGAUAAAUCAUCUUUUUCUUAUACGCUUACUUGGAAGAAAUAGCCAUGUUGUGUUUAGCAGUUAGGCUGGAACGUUGUAAUUCAAUUGACGAUACAUUUUUAAACGCUGAAACGCUUUUAUAAGUUUUGCCGAUAAAGUAUACUCUCAUUUUCUCUUUAACACAUUAAGUACUUACAGGUGUGCUCGCAACAACCGUUUGAGUUCAAUUUAUUUUCUGGCUCAAUUCUGAAAGGCAGGACAGCGCAAAAAAAAACCAAUUUAAUAGAUUGAUGAGAUCUUGCCCAAAAUGCCAUAGUUGUGUACAAUUUUCAUAAAUUGCUUAAACAUUUUUUUUCAAAACCCGCUUGUUUGCAGGAAAGGUAAUCAUGUGCAUAAAAUAGUCCAUUUUACAGUUGCUUGCUUGUCUGCAAAGCCUUUGAACAGAAGUAAGGCUAACUUUGACCUUGUUAUGAUACAGACAUUGCUGCAUGUUGUUGGGACCGAUCUAGUCGGCAAAUAACGGAGGAUUACAACGGAUUGAACCUUAAACGAUGGCUUUAUUCCGCUUACACGACUCGUAGUCCUCAAUAACAACAGUCAGGCGUUACAUGCACCACUGAGGGGGAGUCUGGGUCCCAAUACACUACACAUUUCAAAUGUAAAUUACUUUGUUAUCAUGCCAACUAGAUAUUGGUCUCUAUCACAACAUGGUCACCUUCCGCCUCACGUCAAAUCAAAGGCCUGGCAACUAAGUACACAACUGUAAAAUGGCCUAUUGCUUUCCCUAAGACCGCCUUUACCUGCGAUACCAACUCCAAAUACUUUUACACUGAAAGAAUUAGUAACAUUAACGUUAUUCUAGUCAAAAUUAUACUUGGCACAUUACUUCUGCAAGAAAUUUUGUUGUAUGGCCUACUAGCCCGGUAGUUUUCGAGUACUAGAUACUAUUACUCAACGAAACUGGUCGUAGGUACGUGUUCAAGUCUUUUUUUCUUGGACACGUUGAUGUAAUAAUUAAUUAAUUUUUUUUUUUAAUAAAAGGGUUGACUCUGU